AUGGGCGGGCAGGCCUCUCGCAUCGCUCAGACUGCCGCACAGACUGCCACCAGCGCCGCUUCGUCGCUUGCAUCCCGCUUCCCCUCCCCCUCCUCUCCCUCCUCCCGCCUCAGCCCCACCUACAACGACGUCCUCGAGGUGCUCGACGUGCUGCAGAACGAUUUGCACCUCCCGCCCGAGCUUGCAGUCCAGAUCAUCGACGCUGCGGAAUACUACCCGUCCUUCGUCUCGAGCUGGGAGGGCGACGUGACCGUGUCGGCCGGACCCGCCGGACACCGCCAGAACAUCGACUUGCUCCAAACCCCACCCAUUCCCGCUUUUCCUGGCGCCGCUGAGCACGCGGUGAGGCGGAUCAGGGUCACGACGGUCUCGAGGGACCAGGGUUUCACCUCGUUCAGCCAGUACCGAGGAACGCGCGAAGCGUCUUCUUCCUGGUUCGAGCUCGAAAUCCGACGACCCAGAGCGCGCCGAUCACCACCAGACGAGCGGUCUACGUCCGCCGCGCCUUCCAAUCAACAGUCGUCCGCCUCUACACCCUUGCCCGACUCCGUUUCUCCGACCGCCAAUCCUGCGACCCAGCCCGAUCAUCCGUACGAGACGAUCUCGACCUUGCGCCUCCACUCCAACAUCCACGGCCACUACGCCUUCACAACUCACUCUCUAACGCUCUCAGACCUCCCUUCCUCGCCCGACCGCGCAGCAGCUGCUUUCGUCCGCCGAAUAAGGGAGGGAGACAGGCUGGUCGUGGUUGCAUGCGCGAUGUACCCGCUCUGGGAGAACGUCGUGAGAGGUUGUGCGGUAGAAGUGGAGAUGAUGGUCGUUUAA